UGAAGAAUUAUCUGGAAAUUUCAAGACUGCAAGCUCGAGAACUUCAGAUCAAUAAUGUUUCAGACCAAAAUAUGAACAACAAUAGUAUAUCAAACAGCCAAGGGACUUGUCAGCCUCAUCUUAACGUGGCCUUCAUGAAGAUUCACAAGUGUGGGUCAUCUUUGAUAUCCCAAAUGCUCCUUCGAUUUGGAUACGAACAUAACUUGAUUGUUGCGCUGCCAAGUAGACCGGGAUAUUCCAUCAUUGGCGGUGUUGGAGGAAUCAAAGAUGGCGACUAUGUGCAUCCCCCUGGCGGAAAACGCUGGAACAUCUUCGUUCACCACGCCUUCUACAACAGAACACGCUUUCGUCAGCUCAUGGCUCCCGACACAAGGUAUGUAGCCAUUCUACGAGAACCACUGGACCGGCUCAAGUCCGCCUUCCAGUACUUUCACCUUGAAAAGACAUUUCCCGGACUCAAGCAAAAAACUCGCCGAAGGAACGCUUACGUCACCACCUACCUUUCCAGGCCGAGUUACUGGGACCCUUUGUACAGAGACAAGACAAGUUUCCAUGCCUGCGCUAGGAACUGCAUGUCUCGUGACUUGGGAUUGGCUGAGAGACAUUACGACAACCGCACGGCGGUUCAAGAGUUCGUACGGGGCAUCGAGAACGAUUUUCAGACCGUGCUCAUCUUGGAGCAUCUGCCGGCUUCCCUGGUGUUACUCAAGCGGCGCAUGUGUUGGACUUUCCGCGACAUUCUUUACACCAGUGCGGGUAACGCAAGGGUGCAGAAGUAUCGACGAAAGGCCCGUAUCACAGAUACUAUGAAACGCGCGUUCUACCAACACAACUACGCGGAUGCGUUAUUGUACAAUCGCUUCAAAGAAUCGCUUCAGAAGCAGAUCCGCCAAGAAGGACCCGACUUUCAGGAAGAAGUAAAUCACUUCACGCGAGUCAACCACGACGUCGACAGUUACUGUCGAUCGGCGAAGAGGCAACAGGGGGGAAAUCUAGUCGUUGAGAAAAGCAGAUGGAAUGAAGCUUUCUCUUUGAAUAAAUUGUUCUGCGCGCGGUAUGCUCAAGUAAGAAGGUAUUGGGAAAAGCUACUGAGAUCAAGAUAUGGACUUCCACGGAAGAAGUCAAGUCGAAAGUCACGACGAAAACGACGCCGAUCGAAAGCAAUGAGCUCGUAUAUGUCCAAAACCUAG